AUGUUGCGCAUUAUCUCAAGAAAGACUUUCGCCCAAUCCACAACUUCUAUCUUCAAACCUUCAACUUCAAUCUCCAGAAACAUGGCCGAUAACCGUGUUGAGAAAGCCGCCCAGGCUGCAGGAGAGAAGAAGGAUUCAAGCCCUUCCAAACCCUCUGUAGUUUCAUCUGGAGGUGCCAUUGGCAAGCAAUUCAACCCAGACGGUAAAAUUGGACAAGUUGGUGAGAAGAUCGGUGGUCCAUUCUCAAAGGACGGUGCAAUCGGUUCUCAAUUCGAUGCUGCGAAGGAUGGUCUUGCUGGACAGGUUGAAAAGGCCGUCGAUGGUCCAAGUAGACCUGCUACCAACAAGUAA